AUGAACGUUUACACUUGCCUUGUUUUGGUCAUUAUUGCUGCAAGCGCACAGCAUCUAACGGAAGAGCAGAAAAAUAACUGGAAAAAAUGGAGUGAUGAGUGCAAAGUUUUGAUCGGAGUUUCACAAGAAGCCAUCAAUAAAAUCAGAAACAAUGAAUUUGAUUCUGUUGAUGAGAAAAUUAAAAAACACUGUCUUUGUUUUGCCAAAAAAGCCAACCUGGUGGACAGUUCCGGGAAUAUUAUAAUCAACCAAAUUAAAAUUAAACUGAAAAGAGUUAUCGAAGAUGAUGAGGAAGUUGACAGAAUUCUCAUCAAAUGCACUAUUCGAAAAGAUACUCCCGAACAAACCACUUUUGAAACUUUUCGAUGUUUGCGAGAAAAUUCUCCGAAAUUUGUUCCUGUUUAAAAUUUCAUGAAUUUAGUCAUCUGAAUAUGUUACUGAUCAAGGGUUGGAAUGCCAUUGUUUGUAAUUAUUAAAGUCAAUAUGCAUGUAUUGACAUAUUGAUAACGUUGAGAUUAAUCAGUUAUGCUUAAACGUGGUAAAAUUAGACAAUUAGCGCCGAAUCAGUGGAUUUAUAAAUAGAUUGCUAAUGUAAAUCAGAACGCUAGGUACCGUAAAUCUGGAAAAAAAUGGUGUCAUUAUUUUAAAUAACAUUUUUAAUUGAGACAAAUUCCGUGACAACAACUGUUUCAACUGCUUUUAUAUUUUUAUGUGAUUUAAGGAAAUUUGCUUUGAAAACCAAAAUUAUUAAAAAUGGUUUCAAGUUGAAAUUGUUAAAGUGACAAAUUGUGAGGAGUAAAUUAAGUAUUUGUAUUUACUUUUUUAUAAAGAAUUUGAAAU